GGAAUUUAACGCAGGCAUCUCUCCUGGAUGACAAGGAUUCACCCCGUCUACCUACACCUGUGAGAAGACCACUAGCCAGUGUUGUUCUUUUUGUAAAAUAGUUUUGACAUGUUCCUAAGAAUAAUAUCACAAAAAUAGCAAACUGUACGUUAACAAACUGUACACACGUGAGCGAGCGUAGCCCGGAACCCAGAUGUAAUCUCUCGCCGCCCUUUUAGCUUUCCUGCGCGCGCACGCUUUCCCGCACAGCCUGCGAAUGAGCUCUGAGAGGGAGCGAAUAGUUGGAGAGAGAGAACACACAGCGUUCGACUCAAGAGAGGACUACUAAAACAAGCAAAGGAACAACAACAAACAAGAAAAUAAAAACACCGGAUUGACCACAAGGAGCGGUUACUGAAGACGUAACGGGUGACUGUGUUGCCUCCUGCUACGGAUGGAAGCUCGCGUGAACAGCAUGUUUUUGCAGGACAAGCCUCGGGUCGAGUAGUUUUGCGGAGAGACUCAACGUUAUUGUCGAAAGCUCAACGUUACUGAAGUAAAAAAUCUGAAGAGUUUAAAGUGGUUAAGCGUCAAUAUUAUAUAUUUCACACAUCACAGCGUUUUCAAAACUGCUUAGAAAGACAGCCGUCUUGAUUUGCAAAAUGCUGACAUCUCUUUCGCGGAGCAGUGGGACUGUUGUGAGCAUGGAUUUAUCCUUCUACAUACGCUUCACAUUAAUUUGCUGAGAAAAGAUUUUAGGACUUUAGGUUCGCGCAACUGUUCUUGCGUCGAACUUGCCAUUUCAUUUCCAAAAAGAAGACAAGACUGCUGAAACGCUUCACAAGCAAUAGAACAAUUUAGCCAAGCCAUUUACGCACUUUUGCGAGGAAUAUCUGUAAAUGUUUCAAGCCAUCAGGAAAAUGAUGAAGAAAAGGAAAUUUAUCAUGGCUCUUGGGAAUCUAAACUGAGGAUAUAUGAAUCGUGCUUUGUGGGGUACAGUAAGAUCGACUCCAAACCUCACUUUGGUAGCAAAUGAGACAGAAUAUUGGCUCGUGGCUGAAUCAAGCUCUCACGGCACUGAAUGCAGAAGAGAACAGAAAUAGCAAUUUCCUAGCGGAGAUCUGGAGAACGAGCCAAACAGGAUUUAUAUCGAACUUGGAAAAGUUACUGGUCCUAUAGUCAAUUGGAUGAGUUAUUGCCUUUGCGGUUGACAUAAAUAUUUCGUUCUACGUUUAACUCGCCGAACUGACCAGCAGAUUGGUUUGGCGGUUGUGUCCAGGGUGACAUUCGGAACUGCUCCUUUCUAAGUGAGCUUAGCCGAGGCGGCGGCCACUCUUUUCCGCACUAAACGCCACUUUGUUGGCUAAAUCUAGUGUUGGUGGGAAGCUUGCCGAUUCUGAAGCCGACAUGGAGGAAUGGAGACAAUGCGGCCGGUGGCUGAUAGACUGCAAGGUUUUGCCCCUGAAUCACCGGGUUGUGUGGCCCUCGGCGGUCGUGUUCGAUUUGGCUCAGGCGCUCCGGGAUGGCGUGCUUUUGUGCCAAAUGUUGCACAAUUUGUCACCUGGCUCAGUGGACCUGAAGCAGAUAAACUUCAGACCACAGAUGUCUCAGUUUCUGUGUCUGAAAAACAUCCGGACCUUCCUGAAGGUGUGCCACGACAAGUUCGGGCUGCGGAACAGUGAGCUGUUCGACCCCUUUGACCUCUUUGACGUCCGGGACUUCGGCAAGGUGAUCUCAGCGCUGUCCAGAAUCUCCCAUAACAGCAUCGCACAGAUCAAAGGCAUCAGGCCCUUUCCCUCAGAGGACACUACUGCGCUGAAUGAAGAUGAUAUCUACAGGAGCCUUGAGGAGCUGGCUGAUGAGCACGACGUGGGCGAGGAUGACAUCUAUGACUGCGUCCCCUGCGAUGACGACGGCGAUGACAUCUACGAGGACAUCAUCAAGGUGGAAGUCAGACAGCCUAUGAUCCGAUACAUGCAGAAAAUGGGCAUGUCGGAGGAUGACAAGCGCAACUGCUGCCUGGUGGAGAUCCAGGAGACGGAGGCCAAAUACUACAAAACACUGGAGGACAUUGACAAGAACUACAUGAUCCCACUGAAGCAGGUGCUCAGCUCUCAGGACAUGGAAGCUAUCUUCGUCAACUUAGAGGACGUGAUCAAGGUUCACGCUGCACUGCUGAAGGCCAUCGACCUCAACAUGAUGAACGGGGGCAGUGGCCUGGGCAAGAUUUUCCUGGACUUCAAGGAAAGGCUGCUGAUCUAUGGCCAGUACUGCAGCCACAUGGAGCAUGCCCAGAAGACCCUGGAUGACCUCAUCGUCACACGAGAGGAUGUCAAGAUGAAAGUCGAGGAGUGCACCAUGAAGGUCCAGGAAGGCAAGUUCAAGCUGCAGGAUCUGCUGGUGGUGCCCAUGCAGAGAGUUCUCAAAUACCACUUACUGCUGAAGGAGUUGCUGAGUCACUCGGCAGACCGGCCAGAGAGACAACAGCUGAAGGAGGCGCUCGAGGCCAUGCAGGACCUGGCCAUGUACAUUAACGAGGUGAAGAGAGACAACGAGACGCUGAAGAAGAUCAGCGAGUUCCAGAGCUCCAUCGAGAACUUGGUGUGUUUUUUCCCUCAUCAGCAUGUGAAGCUGGAGGAGUACGGCCGGCCAAAGAUUGACGGAGAGUUGAAGGUGUCGACGGCCGUCAACCGCACCAAACAGGACAGGUACAUCUUCCUGUUUGACAAGGUGGUGAUAGUCUGCAAGCGCAAAGGCUACAACUACGAGCUGAAGGAGAUCAUCGAGCUGCAGUACUACAAGAUGUCUGACGAUCCCAUGAACAACAGGGACAUGAAGAAGUCGAGUGGGAAAAUGUGGUCGUACGGCUUCUACCUCAUACACCUGCAGGGGAAACAGGGCUUCCAGUUCUUCUCCAAGACAGAGGACACCAAGAGGAAGUGGAUGGAACAGUUUGAGAUGGCCAUGUCCAACAUCAAACCGGAGCGAGCCACGGCCAACCAGCACAACUUCGAGAUGCACACAUUCGAGAAGAACACAAACUGCCGAGCCUGCAAGAUGCUGCUGAGGGGCAUCUUCUACCAGGGCUACUUCUGCUCGCACUGUGGGACCGGAGCGCACAAGGAGUGCCUGGAGGUCAUCACCAUCUGCAAAAUCAAUCCACACGAUUCGGAGCCUGGGCUGCCGCCUUCUUUGGGCCCGAAAAUGGUGGCCCUCAGGAACUACCACGGUACGCCCUCUCCCCCAGGGAAACCCCCCCUCACCUUCCAGACCGGUGAUGUCAUUGAGUUGCUGAAGGGAGACCCGGACACCACCUGGUGGGAGGGGCGGCUCAUUCAAGGCCUGAAGACUGGUUACUUUCCCAGCUCCAGUGUGAAGCCCUGUCUAGAUCCCAAGCCUUUCCAGGGCUUCCCCAGUCGGCAGACAUCAAGAGAUGUGGAUUACACCGUCUACCCCUGGUUUGCUGGGAACAUGGAGCGGCAGCAGGCUGACAACCUCCUCAAAUCCCACAGCAGUGGCACCUACCUGAUCAGGGAGAGGACCGCCGAGGCCGAGAGAUUCGCCAUUAGCAUCAAGUUCAAUGAUGAAGUAAAGCACAUUAAGGUGAUCGAGAAAGACAGCUGGAUUCACAUCACCGAAGCCAAAAAGUUUGAGAGCCUCUUGGAGUUGGUGGAGUACUACCAGUCCCACUCCCUGAAGGAGAGCUUCAAGCUGCUGGACACUACACUGCGCUAUCCCUACAAAUCACGUGACCGCUCAUCAUCGCGCUCCCUCACACGCUCUCCAGCAGCCUCAUCUGCUUCCUACAACUUCUCCUUCCUCAGUCCUCAGGGCCUCAACUUCACUUCUACUCAGAGCCCUGCCCCCUUCUGGUCAGUGUUCACGCCGCGCGUGGUGAGUUCGGCGGUGGCGCGGUACAACUUUGCGGCGCGGGACAUGAGGGAGCUGUCGCUGAGAGAAGGAGACGUGGUGAAGAUCUACAGCAAGAUCGGAGGAGACCAGGGCUGGUGGAAAGGAGAAGCCAACGGCAGGAUUGGCUGGUUCCCCUCCACGUAUGUUGACGAAGAAGGUGUCCAGUGAGACUUGAGGGCCUCCGGCCGUCACCUCCGAUCAGAAGGGCAGAACUCUCGACCCCACUGUCCUCUGAGAGUACUCUUUGGUUUCCAUGGAGACGUCAUGUGGAAUAUUCCUCCUUUUUUUGUGCUGGAAACAUUUACUUUCAGAAAAAAAACAACAGUGGAUGUUUGUACACCUGUCUUGUUUUCGUCCUGUACAAAACACACUUCGGUUUUUUUUUUGGGGG